AUGGCAGGCUUUCCUUCUUGGGCUAUUGCGCUGGUGUUGAUUACCGUCAUCACAAUGGCAUCUUCGGCCGUGUAUGUAAUCUUUAAAAAGCGAGUUGGCAAAAAGAGAACAACAGUAGGCACUCAGGAGGGAUCCAUUUUAGAAAAGAACAUUGGCUCCUAUCAAUCUUCGUCUGCUUACCCUGUAAAACCAUUGGUGCAGCAGUUCAACCACGAUGCUUCAACCAGCACGUUUAAAAACAACUCGAAUGCCACUAUACCACUGCCAUCAGCACUAUCCCCGCCUUACACCUACACAUCCCAUCUUGACGAAAAGGGCAGCUUACCACCCCCCGUAUCAUCUGUGCCUGUAAAAGACGAUAAUGCUUCUUCAGUCUGGACUGAUGGAAUUAAAAUUAAUUUACCUAUGCCUCCUCCCAGCUCAUCCUUCUUUGCCGACAAAAUGGAACUGGACUCGAUAGAAGCAAACGACAUUUACAAUGCGUAUCUGACACAGCAACAGGAAUAUGUCUCUAUUGAUUUGGACGAUCCAAAGCCAUUCCUAUCCUCUGCAGCUGCAACCCUUCAGCAAAAAACUGCCACUAUACGCAGCACACUGCGUCAAUCAAUGCGCAGAAAAUCAACAUCCAAUAAAUCGGGUAGCAUUGCCCCCUUAAAUCAGCUCUUCGACACCAUGAGCAACAAUACCAGUGCCAGCAGCAUUCGAUCGCCUACCAAGAGCUCUGCUGAGAGUACUCGCAUGAGCAGACAGUCAUCCUCUACGUCGUCUCGCUUUCCUCGAUCUCUCACUGGACAUUCAACGCCUUCAUUGCCAACUAGCGGGCUGCCUCCACCAUCGCCUAGACCAGAUUCUCCUUUAGAAUACUUUAAUCGCAAUAGCAGUAAGAAAUCGUCGGUGCGUCAUGAACCACCUGAAGAUGCGGAGACUCAUAGUAAUAAGAUUAUGAUUGAUACCAUUCCACCUGAAUCUUACUUUAGUCUGCCAAUGUCACCAUCAACGCCAUCUCCACUGGGAUUGAGAGCCGCAAAAGCAUCUACGACACCAGUACAAUCUCUUCCAAAGACGUCAGCAGCAAUGGAUACAGACUACUCUAUGGUCCAUGAAAUUAAUACAUACGAUAUAGACCAGGAAGACGAAGAUAGUCAUCACUCCAAUCAAGAAGAAGAGGAGCCAGAGGAAGAAGAGGAACCAACUACUACCAACACAGGCACUCCAUUGGAAGCAGCAUCUGCGGCUCGGAAAGUCAUUCGAUCAGCAUCUCGUAAAUCUCGCACUCGAUCCAUGAUUAUCACGGAUGAGGCAGCUCAAGUCAUGUUCUCCAGUUUUGCGAAUGAUCAGAUACCCUCCACACCUACAUCAAGCUCUGUUUCAAAGUAUGCUACACUAAGAGGCGCCAACAAGAAGAAUCCAUACGAUAUUGCCCUGGACAUCAAGAGCUGGACAUCGAUCCAGAGCAAGACUACCGAAACAAGUCCUGAUUCACCAAACCCAAAACGAACUCUAAUGAGCUCCAACAUAUCUGGCUCAGCAACAGUGUCUGGCAAAAGAGCAAUAAAAUUACAGCAAUCCAGCAUCAGUCAUCAGGGUGGUAGCAGUGAUAAUUUACUUGCAGGUCGAAAGGAUACUACCACACCAAGCGACAAAUCUAGAACCACUUCAUUUGCAGCAAGCCCUAAAUCUCUGAAAAGUCUAUUCAGCCGCCCCUCUCAAGAUAGUAUAGUUCAAAAGGAUCAACAGGUAUAUGAAAACAGCGAUUCUAUCGUAAUACCCUCAUCAGCUCGCACUUCGCUGAGUAUUGUCAUCACUGACAUUCAUCAUUUGGAGAGCAGCACACAGCAAGAGUCUGCCCCUGGCUCUCCUAUCACCAUGGAACCAACCUCCCCCUAUUCAUCGAACAAUAAUACGCUUAGAAAAAUGGGCAACAACGUGGAUACAAUCAUAAGAAUGCUACAAUCAUCUUGGAGCGGAAAUAAUCUAAAGGAAAGUGGAUCUAAUCACAGUCUAUCAUCCUCUUCAGCUGGAGAUCGAACGAGUUCUUACAUGGGCAGUGUUGGAUCCAGUUACAAACCUGUGGCUUCUCCUUUAGGCAGUGUCAACCCAAGACUUCAAAAUCAGCAUCUUGUGUCCCUGUCUCUCAAAGCGAGCACCAGUCAAGCAGCACGUAGUCGGCCUUCCAUGCCCAUUGGAUUCAUGAAUGAGGAUGGUUCCUUAGAAGGAGGAGGAGAACCAGCACCUACAGCAUCGUUCUCAUCAUCUACUGUGCGUACCAUGAUCCCUGCAGAGGAGGUAGAAGGAGAUCAGUCUAGAUUGAAGAUGCAAGAAAAGAAAUCAACCGUGUCUGGCCUACUUGGAUCACGACAACAAAAUAAGUUGCAUCAACCAUCGAGAUUGGGCAAUAACAGAAAACAAGUACAGCAAACUGGCAAAACACCGGCUCAAAAAGAGCGCGAAAAGUAUCUUAAAUCAUUAAAGGCCUAA